AAUUAGGAUAUGGUAUUGGAGCGAUAUUUGUCAAUUUACUUGUUCGUUCAUUUCUUGUGGAGAAAAGUUCAUCAACUACGACUAAUAGUCUAGUUAUUCCAUAUUCUAUCACUGCUGGUCUAUGCAUCUUAGUUGCUGUUGGACAUGCAGGGUUUUACAUCCAGAAACUACGAAAUCCAAGAGAACAAGUCGAAAUCGGACAGUUUGACUACAAUACUCUCAACAAUAAUAAUAAUAAUGAAACUGUGAGAGAAUUCGGUUCUCCAUACUCUCCUCGUACAUUCGGUCACGGAGAUUUUCAAUAUGGUUUGACUCUAUCCAUUCUAUUUAUAUGUUACAUAUUCUUCGUUAGUGGGGAUGAUCAAACAUUUUCCAGAUUCUUUUUUACUUACCUUCAGUCAGGACAAUUUCAUCUAUCGACUAGUGUAGCAAGUUGGGACGUGAUUCUGUAUUGGCUCUCAUAUUCUGUUGGUCGAUUAUUUGGAGCAAUUCUAUCGAUUUUAUUUUCGGUUACUACGUGCUUAAAUAUAAUUUGGUUCGGAGGUUUGUGUCUUGCUAUAGCUUGGUUGAUUCUUGUUUGGAAUGUUGGUCUAACUUCGACAAGUUUACUUAUUCUUGGCUCGGCAACUGGCUUCGUUUUUGCUCCAUUAUUUCCUCUUUCAAUAAGUUUGAUUAAUCAACGAUUGAAUGUCGUGCCCGUACUUCUUGCUUCGGUUCUUUGCGGUGCAGCAUUUGGUGCCAUUGUGUUUCAAAAACUAGCCGGCAUCAUCAUGGAUAAGAAUCCAAAGCAUUUUCCAACAUUGUUAAUCGUUUGUAUAUUGAUAUCGAUUACUCUGUAUAUUAUAUCUUGCUUUAUUCGACGACGAAAUCGACCUGCAAUACCGAAUGGAGUGAUUCUUACACUGGACACAUUCUAUGAAGGCGAUGCACAAUAA